UCCCUGACUGGAAAAACAAUCAUCAAAAGCAUCUGCUCGACGAGCCGAAAUCUCACGAAAUCGGACCAUAUUCGGAAGGAAUUUCCGACUGGGCAUUGUUUUGCUAUUUUGAUCCGGAAAAGUUGGUGGCAGCGUGAAGGAGGAAAAAAUGACAGAACGUCAUUACUAGUUCCGGUGGAAUAAGUGGUGGACGUGCCGUUCGUAAUCGAGUGCGUGGAAGUAAAAAUUAAAGUGGCCACAGAGGCCGUGUGCCGAUUUGUCGUCCCAAGAGGGAAACGCGUGUGCUCCGCUAGGGGUAAACAGAGAAGGCGAUUCGGCUCUACACCUGGCCUCGUAACAACUUCACGGCCAGCAACUCAGGGACGACGAACGGAGAAUCGCCUAACCAACAUCAAUCACAAAAGGGCCAAAAAAGCCACGUGCUCAUCCGGGCCGAAGCCAAACUUCACGAGAAGAUCAUCGGAAAAGGGGUCGAAUUUCGACCCCUUUCUUUUUUACCACCACAAUCUUGGGAAAAACUUCCUUUUCUCGAGCAAAACCUAUUUGGCAAUAAUAUUGCAAAUCUGGUUUGGCAAAAUCUUCGGCAUUCAUCACGUUACCACCAAACCUUCCAUCCACCAAUCACCAUCCAUCUGGCGAGCCCAGCUGCAAAACAUCCCCACCGGAACAAGCUGCACAGCUACGAGGGCCGCAUCCCGCGUUUGAGUUUAACCUUGCCAGGUGGUCGUUCAUCAGAGGUGUCAAGUCUUGCUGGAUCAGAUUGCAAUUCCGGUCGCUUCCAUUUCGCUAUUCCAGUGGAGCAAUCACCUGCUUCGGUCGUGCUACUCUGGUGGCAACAAAAUCCCUGAAAGCAGCAGCCGAGUCGGGUUGCCAAGGUGUGCGCAUCUUCUGGCAGCACAUCUGUGCUCAAGGGUCCCAGGCAACAUCCGGUAGGAUCGGGCGCCGUGAUCAGAGGCAGCCGCCGCUCACGGGACGCAGGGAAGCAGCCACCGCAGGAGGCGAAAGCCGCGUGUACUGCGUGUCGGGUUCGGAUUCAGCAAUUACCACCGCAGGAGGCGAGAGCCGCGUGUACUGCGUGUCGGUUUCGGUUCAGCAAUCACCGCAGGAGGAGAGAACCGCGGGAACUGCGAGCAAGUGUCACGGAAGCAACCACCGCAGGAGGCGAAAGCCGCGUGCACUGCGUGUUGGCUUUGAGCUCGGCAAUUAUCACCGCAGGAGGCGAAGGCCGCGUGUACUGCGUGUCGGUUUCGGUUCAGCAAUCACCGCAGAAGGAGAAAGCCGCGUGUUCUUCGCGCUAGUGUUAGUGUCAGCAACCACCGCAGGAGGCGAAAGCCGCGUGUACUGCGUGCUAUUAUAGGUGUCAGCAACCACCGCAGGAGGCGAGAGCCGCGUGUACUGCGUGCUGGUUUCAGUGUCGGCGACAACCGCAGGAGGCGAAAGCCGCGUGGACUGCGUCCAGAAACAGGUGGCCAGGACGACUGCAGGAAGCGUAAGGCGCAUGUGCUGCGAUUGGCAACAAUCGUUUCAAUCAGGGAAAACGUCGGUCGGCGUGACAGAGUCGUGCCAUCGGUUCAGCAGCCUGAGCUGCAACAUCACAGCUGCAACAGCACCAAAGGUAGCAAUUGCAUCGGCGGGAAGAAUCAACUGCCAUAUGCUUCCGGUGGUUCCAGUGGCUGGAUGCUCAGAUGCCUGGAUGCGCUGGUCAGCGCGUCAAAUCCAUCCGCCACAUCAAAGGGCUAGCAACCACGUUGGAUUCAGCGAGCGGCAGACAGCAGCAGGAGAAUGCAUUCAAAUGCAAGCCGUAAUGGCCACAGAGGCCGUGUGCCGAUUUGUCGUCCCAAGAGGGAAACGCGUGUGCUCCGCUAGGGGUAAACAGAGAAGGCGAUUCGGCUCUACACCUGGCCUCGUAACAACUUCACGGCCAGCAACUCAGGGACGACGAACGGAGAAUCGCCUAACCAACAUCAAUCACAAAAGGGCCAAAAAAGCCACGUGCUCAUCCGGGCCGAAGCCAAACUUCACGAGAAGAUCAUCGGAAAAGGGGUCGAAUUUCGACCCCUUUCUUUUUUACCACCACAAUCUUGGGAAAAACUUCCUUUUCUCGAGCAAAACCUAUUUGGCAAUAAUAUUGCAAAUCUGGUUUGGCAAAAUCUUCGGCAUUCAUCACGUUACCACCAAACCUUCCAUCCACCAAUCACCAUCCAUCUGGCGAGCCCAGCUGCAAAACAUCCCCACCGGAACAAGCUGCACAGCUACGAGGGCCGCAUCCCGCGUUUGAGUUUAACCUUGCCAGGUGGUCGUUCAUCAGAGGUGUCAAGUCUUGCUGGAUCAGAUUGCAAUUCCGGUCGCUUCCAUUUCGCUAUUCCAGUGGAGCAAUCACCUGCUUCGGUCGUGCUACUCUGGUGGCAACAAAAUCCCUGAAAGCAGCAGCCGAGUCGGGUUGCCAAGGUGUGCGCAUCUUCUGGCAGCACAUCUGUGCUCAAGGGUCCCAGGCAACAUCCGGUAGGAUCGGGCGCCGUGAUCAGAGGCAGCCGCCGCUCACGGGACGCAGGGAAGCAGCCACCGCAGGAGGCGAAAGCCGCGUGUACUGCGUGUCGGGUUCGGAUUCAGCAAUUACCACCGCAGGAGGCGAGAGCCGCGUGUACUGCGUGUCGGUUUCGGUUCAGCAAUCACCGCAGGAGGAGAGAACCGCGGGAACUGCGAGCAAGUGUCACGGAAGCAACCACCGCAGGAGGCGAAAGCCGCGUGCACUGCGUGUUGGCUUUGAGCUCGGCAAUUAUCACCGCAGGAGGCGAAGGCCGCGUGUACUGCGUGUCGGUUUCGGUUCAGCAAUCACCGCAGAAGGAGAAAGCCGCGUGUUCUUCGCGCUAGUGUUAGUGUCAGCAACCACCGCAGGAGGCGAAAGCCGCGUGUACUGCGUGCUAUUAUAGGUGUCAGCAACCACCGCAGGAGGCGAGAGCCGCGUGUACUGCGUGCUGGUUUCAGUGUCGGCGACAACCGCAGGAGGCGAAAGCCGCGUGGACUGCGUCCAGAAACAGGUGGCCAGGACGACUGCAGGAAGCGUAAGGCGCAUGUGCUGCGAUUGGCAACAAUCGUUUCAAUCAGGGAAAACGUCGGUCGGCGUGACAGAGUCGUGCCAUCGGUUCAGCAGCCUGAGCUGCAACAUCACAGCUGCAACAGCACCAAAGGUAGCAAUUGCAUCGGCGGGAAGAAUCAACUGCCAUAUGCUUCCGGUGGUUCCAGUGGCUGGAUGCUCAGAUGUCUGGAUGCGCUGGUCAGCGCGUCAAAUCCAUCCGCCACAUCAAAGGGCUAGCAACCACGUUGGAUUCAGCGAGCGGCAGACAGCAGCAGGAGAAUGCAUUCAAAUGCAAGCCGUAAGUGAGCAAACUUGUACACGCAAAAUUAAUAUUAUAUUGUUGGGACUGGGAAAA